ACCAUCUUUCUGGACAAUACAUUGCCGAGAGAAAUACGCCUUCUCGCCAUAAUCCAGCUGAAGAAUGGCAUCGACCGCUUCUGGCGACACCACACCCUCAAGAAUGCGAUCCAGCCCGCCGAGAAGCACAUUAUACGGUCGAACCUGUUCCAAGGCACCGUCGGAGAGAAGGACAAACAACUGGCACUGCACAAUGCCCUGGUCGUAGCGAAGAUCGUCCGUAUCGACUUCCCGCAGGAGUGGUCUAGUUCGCUAUCGGAUGUCAUCGGCCUGCUCAGAACAACUAAGGACGGCGACCAGCAGCACCUAGCCGGCGGACUCCUGAUUCUUCUGCGCAUAGUCAAGGAACUCGGCACUGCACGUCUGCGCAAGUCGCAAACUGCAUUACAGACUGUCACACCCGAACUCGUCUACAUCCUCGCUGAAAUCUACGAUGCCAAAACGACUGCCUGGAUAUCAUUUUUGACCAACCAUCAAGGGGAAGCAGACGAUGCCAACCUGGCCAUGGAUAACAGCCUCGUAGCCCUCAAGAUUCUUCGCCGGCUCCUACUGGUAGGAUUCGAGUGUCCUCACAGAGACAAGACGGUCCAACAAGUCUGGACCUUCUCACAGACACACUUUGCGCAGUUCCUUGGUUUCAUAAGUCAGGAUUCCUCUAUUUCAGCAUCCUACCUCGAUAUUGUAGGGAAGCAUCUCCUACAGUUCACCAAGUUGCACAUCGACAUGGCUGACACGCAUCCUGCGAGUUUUGCCGCUCUUCCUAACUCACUCGAUCUCGCCCGUGCAUACUGGGACUUGGUCGCAAAUUUCGCCGAGAUAUAUGACAAGUCGGGCGGUAUCCGGCAAGGAUCAAGUGGUGAAACAAAGCCCAAGGUCGAGGGUCCAGUCCAGGAGAGACUUGCCUUGAAAGGCUUGCUAUUGAUAAGAACUUGCCUAAAGAUGGCAUACCGCCCAAGACAGUCAAUCAGGUAUCGUUCCAAAGUAGACAAUCAAGAGAAGCAUCAGGCUAUUAGCCUGGUCAAGACAGAUCUCUUCACGGACGAGCUCGUAAUUCAGAUGGCACGCGUCAUUAUUACGCAUCUUUUCAACUUCCGGAAGGCCGACUUGGAUGCUUGGGAAGAGGACCCGCAAGAAUGGGAGCAGCAAGAAGAGAGCCAGGGCAACGCCUACGAGUGGGAGGUUCGACCGUGCGCCCAGAAGCUCUUCCUCGACCUCCUUACAUACCAUAAGGACCUCCUUCUGCAACCUCUCCUGUCCUACUUCGCAACGGCUCAGAACCCCCAAGCAGACGUGGUUACUAAGGAGGCAGUAUAUACCGCCAUGGGCUUGGCCGCGCCCAUCGUGGAACAAGAAUUCGAUUUCGAGGCUGUCCUUGAGUCAACAAUUGUCUCCGAUGCGCAGCAGACCGUUACUUUGUGUCAGGUCCUCAGAAGACGCAUCGCUAUUCUGCUUAGCGAGUGGGCGACCGUCAAGUCGACGGUGGAAUUCCGUCAGAUGACUUAUGAGAUCUUCCGACACUUCCUCAACCCCAACGAUCCAUCCAAUGACAUUGUCGUCAGAAUUACUGCUGCGAGACAGUUGAAAGCUGUCGUUGAUGAAUUCGGCUUCGAUGGGGAACAAUUUCUCCCGUUCGCCCCCGACAUACUGACGGAGCUCAUCAGUUUAUUGAAGAUGGUAGAAGUUGACGAGACCAAGUUGGCGAUUCUAGAGACUACGAGAAGUCUCAUCCAACGCAUGGAAACCCAUGUGUCUCAAUUUGGUGACUUGGUAAUGAGCGCUUUGCCUGCCAUUUGGGAGUCGGCGGGCGAAUUGGGCGUCAUGAUGAAACAAGCGGUCCUGACAAUCAUGCAGACAUUGGUCAUGUCGAUGAAAGAGGAUUCUCAACGGUAUCACAACGUGAUGCUACCUCUGAUCAAUGAGGCAACUCAGAAGGACACCGAACUGUACCUAUACCUCGUAGAGGAAGCACUGGACUUAUGGACGAACAUCCUAAUGCAGUGCCCUCCCCCGUUGUCUCUAGAGUUGCUUACCCUUGCCGAGACCGCCAUUACGGAGCUCUCCGAACAAAACGAACAUGCCUUCGCGUACAUGUCCAUCGUGGGCUCCUACAUAACUUUGGCACCCGGUGCGGUUCUCGAAGAUCGACUGAGACGCCCCAUUAUCACUGCUCUCGCUGCGACCAUGAGCUCUCGGAAUCGCGACCAUGUUGGCGUGGCAACGAAAUACAUCGAGGUAUUCAUUCGCUUGUCGCACGACCUUGGUGGCAUGCCUGGUCUGCACCUGGUAGUUCGGGACAUGAUGGAAACCGGCUUUCUGACUAGGAUCUUCGAGGGCAUACAUGAUGCUUACGAGGCUCAUCAGACGACAGGACCUAAGAAGAAGCACAGUCUUGUGGGUCCACUCAGCUUGACAGACUAUUUCGCAAUCCUUUCUCGCAUUGCGAUCCUUGACCCUUCAGCCUUUGUCGAGGUGCUUGCAUCAUUGGGUCCAAUAGAAGCCGUCUGGAAUUGGCUCAGCGCGGAGUGGUUCGCGAGCUUCGACAGCCUAUGUGAUUUGAACCGGCAAAAGCUGAACCUACUCGCCCUCACACGCCUUCUCGAGCUGCCCCCACCACUGCAACAUCUUGUUCUGUCAAAACUACAAGACUUUUUCUCGAUGUGGACGGGCGCUCUGGUUCAGAUCCUGAACGACGAUGACGAUCCCGGCAAUGACAUGCUGGUCAACCAGCCGGUAGAAACUAGCGAGUGGGACACACCCAAAGACGUGAGGGAUCGCGCUGUAUGGGCAUCAGAUCCGGUCAAGACCGUUCAAUCACUUCUCUUUGUAAAAGAGAGACUGAACAGUCUGGUGCAGAGUGUUGGCGGCGAGCGUGCGUUUCAGGAGAACUGGGCUGUCAACGUCGACAAGGAGAUACUAACUGGCUUCCAAGCGCUGGGUCAACGACGUUCCGCCGAGGAGCGCCAUAAGCCCUGGGCCGAAAUAGCCGAAAUAAAACCAUAG